AUGGAGGAAGAGAACGAAGUGGUGAAGACGUUUGCAGAACUUGGUGUUCGUCAGGAGCUCGUGCUAGCUUGCGAUAGAUUGGGAUGGAAGAACCCUACGAAAAUUCAAGCCGAAGCCCUUCCUCAUGCUCUUGAAGGUAAAGAUGUAAUCGGACUUGCGCAAACCGGUUCUGGUAAAACCGGAGCCUUUGCCUUGCCAAUAUUGCAAGCACUUCUUACGCAUGUUCUCGAUUCCGAGCCUAAGAAAGGGCGUAGACCUGAUCCUGCCUUCUUCGCCUGUGUUUUAUCUCCAACUCGAGAGCUUGCAAUCCAGAUUGCUGAGCAGUUUGAAGCUCUAGGAUCUGAUAUUAGUCUUAGGUGUGUUGUGCUUGUUGGAGGUCUAGACCGGAUGCAGCAAACGAUUGCUCUUGCGAAACGGCCUCAUGUGAUUGUUGCAACACCUGGUCGUCUUUGGGAUCAUAUGUGUGACACAAAAGGCUUUUCUCUCAAGACGUUGAAAUAUCUGGUUCUUGAUGAAGCAGAUAGGCUGCUGAAUGAAGAGUUUGAGAAAUCUCUUAACCUGAUUCUUGAAGAAAUCCCUCGUGACCGUAAAACAUUUCUGUUUUCAGCAACUAUGACCAAAAAGGUUAAGAAACUUCAAAGAGCAUGCUUAAGGAAUCCUGUUAAAAUUGAGGCUGCCUCCAAAUAUUCUACAGUUGAUACUCUAAAACAGCAAUAUCGGUUUGUUGCUGCUAAAGACAAGGAAUGCUACCUUGUAUACAUGCUGAGUGAAAUGCCUGAAUCGAUAGCAAUGAUUUUCACCCGUACUUGUGAGGGUGCUCGUUUUCUGGCUUUGUUGCUUCGGAGCCUUGGUUUUAGAGCCAUUCCCAUCACUGGUCAAAUGACUCAGUCAAAUAGACUCGGAGCUUUGAAUAAGUUCAAAGCAGGAGAAUGUAACAUAUUGGUUUGCACGGAUGUGGCUAGUAGAGGGCUCGAUAUCCCAUCGGUUGAUGCGGUUAUCAAUUACGAUAUUCCCACAAAUUCAAAGGAUUACAUCCACAGAGUGGGAAGAACCGCUCGUGCUGGACGUUCUGGUGUUGGGAUAUCACUUGUGAAUCAGUAUGAGCUCGAAUGGUACUUGCAAAUAGAAAAACUCAUAGGCAAGAAACUACCAGAAUAUCCAGCUGAGCAUGACGAAGUCAUGUCAUUGCAGGGGAGAGUUGACGAAGCUCACAGGUUAUCUAAAAUGAAUAUGAAAGAAUCAGGAGGCAGGAAGAAGAGAAGGGGAGAAGAUGAUGAAGAGAGUGAGAGGUUCUUGGGAGGUAAGAAUGACAAGAGAGGUAACAAUGACAAGAGGUCUUCCAAGAAGUCCAGACGAUGA